AUGAGUGCUAUUGCUCAAUCAUAGAAGUUUAAGGAAUUAGGUAACGAUGCGUUUCUAAAGAGCGAUUAUAAAUCAGCUCUAUAGCAUUAUAGUUCAGCUAUUAUUUGUGAUAGUCAGAAUUCAAUUUUGUUUUCAAAUAGGGCAAGAGCCUACAAAUAGUUAUUAUAAUAUUAAGAAGCUUAUUAAGAUGCAUAAAAAGCUAUUGAAUUAGAUAAUAAUAACAUUAAGGCACAUUUAAUUAGUGGAUAAAUAUUAGCGUAAAUGGGAAAAAGUGAAAAAGGAAUUAAACAAAUCAAUAAAGCCAUAUAGGAUAUGACUAAAGCUUUAACUUUAUGUGCUGGGCAAAACAAAUAAGUUUUUGAGAAGGAUUUGAAUAAGUACAUUCUUCGUGCAAAGAAACUUCUAUAUUUUAAAAAUAUUGAAAUAGAAUAGGAAAACAUCAAGAAAGAAAUUGACUAUUUAAAAACUUUGUUAAAUUAGUAGAACAUGAAUCAAAAGUAAGCAAAUGAAAUAAUCCAAAAAGCAGAAGAAUGUUAUCAAAAGAAUGCUAAAAAAAUUAAAAACGAAGUUCCAGAUCAUUUAUGUUGCCCUAUUACUAUGAAUUUGUAUGAAGAUCCUGUUAUUACUUAAUAUGGGUUUUCUUAUGAAAGAUAGGCCUUGCUUGAGCAUUUUAAGUUAAAUGGUGAUAUUGAUCCUAUAGCUCGAAAGCCUAUUAACAGGAACAUACCAUUAAUCUCAAAUUUGAGUCUAAAGAAAGUUGUUUCUGAGUUUUUGCAAAAUGAACCUUGGGCUUAUGAGCAUUAUUUAGAUCAAAAUUCAAUUGAAAAAAUCGAGUUUUGA